AUGCCCUACACAUCGUUCAACUCCCCGUUUCGCUUAACAAUGCGUUUUCUUGCUUUUUUCUCUGGUUCUCUUCAGAACAUACUCAUUCGUGUGACUCCAUGUCCCCUGUGGGAUAGCAAAGACUUCGGUUCCCCAGUUCAGCUUCCUUAUGGUUUACGUGUUGGACAGAAUGUUCUCGUUUCUGAUGCACACUUCCAGUUUGAAUAUCUCAACGAUCCUAAAUACCGCCGACCAGGACAUCCCAUUCGCCCCUCUAACAACUUUCGAUGUUUAGAAGAGGGGUCGUCUGGCACCUCUUUCUGUUCAUCGUCCUCUAAAGUCAGUCCUAUGUUGGACCAGGGGGGCGAAUAUAUGGGUGAUCAGUCUUCCAAUUCCUCUACAGUUGACUGGGACCUACGAAAUGGAGAUUCCAAUCCAUUGGUUGACAUCAAGGGAACACGCGAAAGUCUUUUCCGUUCGUUGCCUACUGUGGUACCGAUUUGGCAGCAGACCACCUGGGUUGCGAACUCCCGACCACGAUAUACCGCAAUCGUUGCAGACCUGGGUCUCUGUUUGGAUCUCAGCCAAGAGAAUGCAGACACGGUUUCGUUGGUUGGCAACCCGUACUACAUUUCACCUGAGUGCCUGAACCGCGUCGCUCCUUAUAGCUUUGCUGCAGAUUUGUUCGCUAUCGGUCUACUAAUUUGUGAGCUUGUCACUCAGCUCGUAAAUGAUGGUGUUAAUGUUCCUCGCACCAAGGAGUUUGGCUUGGAUCAUGAACAUUUGCCCGUCCCGACCUCUUGUCCUAACUGGUUUUUUCAACUUGCUGUAGACUGCUGUACAGUAGAUCAUCAAAAACGCCCAACAACAGCCGAAGUGAUUGAGCGUCUUACGGAGUUUUUGUCUGCCGACCCGGCUUCAAUCACUCCCACCGAUCUGCCCGAUGUUAUUAGUUCCACUUGUGCAGUUGGCCGCACUACACAUGCGGUCAGUUCCACCUGUCUUCUAAACGGAUCCUCGGAACUAAAUGGCGUUGGCAAGGGAAAGGUGCCAUCCGUGGAUGCCUGA